AUGGGUUCUGAAGGGCCUCCAGCAGUAACGAUCCAUGUAACAGGUUUUAAGAAAUUUCAUGGAGUUGCUGAGAAUCCAACCGAGACAAUUGUUGGUAAUCUAAAAGAGUUUAUGAACAAAAGGGGUUUGCCAAAAGGGCUGAUCCUUGGGAGUUGCAGCAUUCUUGAUACUGCAGGAAAGGGAGGACGUGUUCCCUUAUAUCGAACAUUGCAAUCUGCCAUGAGCCACAAGGACUCUGAAUCAUCAAAUUCCGGGAGAGUUAUUUGGAAGUCUCCUCAAUUAGGAACCCCAUUGGUCUCAUUAUUUGUUGAUCCUCUCACUCAAGGACAAGCAUUUAAGCUCGGAUAUUUUAGGAGCUUGGAUCACGAUUUGACGACAGCUGGCACAGGAUCUAAACUGCCAUAUGUGAGGAUUCAGAUCGAUAAGCGGUCAAUCAUCCCAUCCCCCAUCUCCACCCCCAACAAAACAAGGAAUAAACUAAAAGAGAGAGAAACUAAGAGAACACUGUUAAGAAACGUAAUGCAGGUACACUUUGGAGUCAAUAGUGGUGCGACAAGGUUUGCUAUUGAGCAUCAAGCUGUCAAUGAAGCUACUUUUCGCUGUCCCGACGAGAUGGGAUGGAAGCCGCAGAAAGUCCCGAUUAUACCUGAAGAUGGCACUAUUUCAGAGAUCCGAAAGGUAGAAUGGUUUUCAUGGUUUUGUUUUGUUAUUCUUUCAUAUUCUUCAGUACUGUGUUGCAUACCCUUUUUGUAGUCUGAAACUAUGUUUUUUGUUAAAUCACUAGUUGAUGCACACGUACGUUGCACGUGAAUAAUUUCAAAUUAUAAUUCUUGUUUUUAAUUUUUUUGGAUGAGUUUUUAGAUGUAUUUUUUCGAUUAAGUCUUUAGACAUGCCUUUGAAUUGUCCAUUAUCUAAAAGAUUUGGAAAGAUGAAGUGAAUCCAAAGGGACAACAUAUAUGAUUCGUAAAUAAUUGAUAAAUUGGCCACAUCACCUAUUUUAAGCCUUUUGCACCUACAAACUAAGCAAGUAAUAAAGUGCUACAAUUGUUAAAAAAAAAAAAAGGUGUACACAGAUUGGGUACUACAUUAAAUAGAAAUCUAAUAAAUUUGAAAGAGCACAUUAGAUCCGAAGAGUGUGUGUUAAAGCCCAUAUAGAUUACAUUAAACCCCUAUGCAUAGUGGAAAUAACAACCACUUAAGUUUAAAAUUAGGAAAGUACAGAACUUAAAUCAAUCCAAAUGAAGUAUCGUACAAAGUGGCGUACUAGCGCUUUGCUAAUAGAAAGGUUAGGGGGUUGGGAAACUGAUGCUUGUUGUCUACUUCUUGAGUCUUCAUUGCGAGGCAAUAAAAAGAGAGAAAGGGCCAGCUAUCUAGCAGAAGUCGUUUCGGUUGUUAACCUACCAGUUUUCAAAUAUAAACAAGCACGCAAAAUAACAAAUAAAUAAUACCCUAAGUAUCAUUACUACUCCAAUAGCAAAGAUCUAGACAAUCUUCUAUAUAAACAAUUAGUUUUGCAUUUGUUUCUUAUUUUUCUCCCAAAGAUAUAGUAUUCUUAUAAUUAAACAAACUGUGCGAUUGCAUUGGAUUCUUGGGACAAGGUAGGAACCAUUAAAUAUUGCAUCAACAAAAGAGGCCGUCCGGGUAACGGGCAAAUAAAAUGGGAAGACCCACUUAAGUACCGGAUUUUGAAAAAUGUUCAUAAUGGUCGUCAUUUAGUCUCUUGAACUUGAAAAAAACUUGAAACUUCUCGAUGUGAUCCCACAUCUAUGAAACACGGAUAUUUCAUUAAGGUCAACGUAUCCGUAUCGGAUACGAUACUCGUUGGAUACUCGAGAAUACAUACCAUACAUAUCCAAUAAUAAAUAAAAUGUAUGGAUAUUUUAUGAAUAUUUUUAUAUGCAGAGAAAUAUGUGUAAUUUUAAUUUUAAGCUUUACCUUUCUAUUGAUUUCCCAUACAACGCAAUACAUUAACAAAAUUCAUAUGACUUGGAAGACCCAUGGACCCUUUUCAAGUACUAUCAAUUAUCACAUGUUCAAAGAGUUUAAAUGACUGGUUUACUCAAUAAUUUUAUCAACAAAUACUUCUAAGAAAUCAAUAUAAUUAAAUGUUGAAUUUUAUUCGUUUAGUUAAUCACGUUCACUUUAUAGA